AUGAAGUUUUUAGCACUUUGUGAGCGUAAACGUAUAAAGCAUACAUUUACUGAUUUUUACGCUAAAGCUAGUUUUGAUGGAAAGUCCUUCUUCUUGAAGGGUCUUGUGUUACGUUUCAUCAAAAAGCAAGUAAGAAUCGGAGAGCGGUGCAGUUUUGAUGAACAGUGUUUGGGGAAUUCAAGCUGUGUGAUGAAUGUUUGCACGUGUGCUGCAGGAAUGGCCGAAGUAAACGGAUCUUGCGAACAGGCGGUUUCGGCUUUGCCAAUUAUUCGUGAGCAUUACCAAAGCAACUAUAAUGAUUCUCGUCUCGGCAGAGCAUCUAUUGGCAUGACCUGCACUGAUCACCUGCAAUGUAUUGGUACGAAGCGCUCAAAGUGCAUAGAAACAAGUAGUAACGCUACAAAAAAAACUUGUCAGUGUCAGCCUGGAUCGGUUUACAAUGGGUUUUCAUGUAUUGAAAUGGAUAAAAUGUCGUGCCCAGCAAAUACGGUCUUUAUAAAUGGAACAAUAUGCUUGCCGCUAAUUCCUCUAGGUCAGGCUUGCGUAGAAAACGUACAGUGCAUGGGUUUUGCAGACUGCAUUGGUUUGUGGUGUCAGUGCCCAGAUGGGUACCGGAGCAUCCGUGGAAAGAUUUCUAAACAACGCUUAUGUGAAAGUGACUUUGUUGGAUUGGUGGCUGUAGACAAAGGUCUAACACUGUCAACGCUAAGAGCUACGGACCAGGGUUUUGAAAAAUUUAAAAAUGUUAAUGGGUCUAAUGAAUCAAUGCUCAAAGAAAAAGUACCUGAAAAAGAGAUUAAAACAAUGAAUUAUAGAAAAUUAAAAGGUGAAAGUCACACAGAUGCAAGAUCGGUAGUACUGUUGCGACCGCCACUAUUCCUGGAAAAAAGUGACAGCAGAAACAACCUUAUUAGUCAUAUUCGCGUGACAUUAGCGCUGCAUAAUUUUUUAAAUAAUGCUUUCCAAGAUUAUGCUAUUCAUUACUUUUGCAAUUAUUGCGCUACUACCGUAUAUCCAAGGUGGCAAUUUAUCAUUUUUUUGCAGCCUGUAGAUAGUUCUACCUUUCUCAGAGUAUUAAAACGAAACGUUAUUCAGAACAAUGAAAUUAAAGUUACGGUUGAUAGUGAUUCCACCGUAAAAUUUGCAGGAAAAACACUCGGUAAUACUUGUAUAAAUUCCUCGGAUUGUCGCGGAGGUGAACAGUGCAUAUCUUCUACUUGUCAAUGUAAUUCAAAUCAGCUUUCUUACAAUGGACGCUGUAUAACUAACAACAAUAUCUGCACAGGCGGGCAACAGAUUUACUUUAACGGUCAAUGUUUGUAUACAUCACAAAUUAAUCAACAAUGCGUAACAAGCAGUCAAUGCCUCGGUGGAUCUUUCUGUUAUAAUCAAAUAUGCACUUGUCCAACAGGCACUGUUAACGUGAAUAAUGUAUGUCAAGAACAAAACAGUUUUUGCAAUUCUAAUCAAAUUUACUAUCAAAAUCAGUGCUACAACUUGGUCAGAAUUGGUCAGCAGUGUAUGGUACCGAUUCAAUGUCUUGGGGGUGCUGAUUGUGUGAACGGUAUGUGUCAGUGUCCUUCUGGCACAUCCCUUAUUGGUGAAACUUGUCAACAGUCGUCAUCUGUUGGUUGUCCCAACGAGCAAGUUAUGGUGAAUGGUGUAUGCCGACAAAGAGUAUCACCAGGACAAAACUGUGAUGACACCCUACAAUGUAUGGAUGCAGCCGAAUGUUCAUCCAUUCGCGCAUGCGUGUGUCCACUUGGCAUGUUUCUUAUAAACAACUUUUGCAGAAAACUUUCAUCUGAUGAACCAUGUGAUCAAACAUCAUCGGUUUUUAUAAAUAACCAGUGUAUGCCUGUACAAAGAGUGGGAUCAAACUGUCAGCAUUCUCUUCAAUGUCUUGGCGGAACUGAAUGUAUUAAUAACGUCUGUAAUUGUCCAAGUGGCACUGUACUUGUCAAUCAGUACUGUGUUAGCACUUCUACAAGUUGUUAUUCUAACCAGAUCCUUUACAACAGUCGUUGCUACAAUUUGGUUUCUUUUGGUCAAGCAUGUUAUGUGAAUGCGCAAUGCCAGAACGGUGCCGAAUGUGGUCCUUCAGCAGUCUGCUCAUGCCCGUAUGGCACGCAAAUUAGUAAUCCUUUUUUCUAUGUACGAGGAAAAAAAGAGGAUUUUAACGGAGACAACGUUGAAAAGAAGUCUAAAUCUUACUGUUUAGCAAUAUUUAACCGAUACAAUUUAAAAAUGAUCUUAAAUGAAAAAAUCUAUGAAAUUCAAUUACUAAUUAAUGGAGUUUGUUACGCACGUGUUGUUCCUAAUGGAGCCUGCACCUAUUCUGAACAAUGUCUUGGGGGUGCAACGUGUACAAACGUUUACGAUGAAAAAAAGGUAGAUGAAUUCUGUGGUAGUGAAUCAAAUAAGGUGACACAAAUGCGGCAGUGCACCGUUGCUGUAUAUCUGUCACUUCGAUGGGUCUCUUAUUUGAUCCAGUACUGCGUUUCUUCUUCUGCUUCAUCUGGGUGCAGUCAGAACUUCGUCUAUGUUAACGGUCGUUGUUUAGCAAUGGGAGCACCAGGAUCUCAGUGCGAAAAUAAUAUACAGUGCCUUGGCGGUUCUACUUGCAUGAACGGACAAUGCGCUUGUCCAAGCGGCUACACAUAUGUUAUGAAUUACUGUGUGGUGUCUUCGUCUUCACCCAGCUCGAACUGUGCGUCGAAUGAGGUUUAUGUAAAUGGUCAAUGCUAUACGAAACGUACGUUAAACGAGUACUGCACAUACAAUGAGCAGUGUCAGUAUGGUACCACUUGCCAAAAUAAUCGCUGUUACUGUCCUUCUGGUUCUGUUUGGCAGGGAAACUCUUGUUCAUCAAGCAGCGGUAACUGUGGAACAAAUCAGGUGUACAUCAAUGGAAACUGUUAUAAUAUGGCUUAUAUUGGACAGAGCUGUCAGUAUUCUCAACAAUGUCAAGGGGGUUCAGCGUGCACAAAUUAUUAUUGUCAGUGUCCUCCUGGACUAGUAGCAAGCAAUAAUAUGUGUGUGAACAAUGGUGGUCAAUAUUGUCCAUCUGGUCAAGUUUCAAUUAAUGGUCAAUGCUACGCGCAGGUGCAAAUUGGUCAGUUUUGUUACUACAACCAACAGUGCUUGGGUAAUUCAAAUUGUACUUCAAACAGAUGUACUUGUCCCACUGGUACUAUCUUGUCAAAUAAUAUGUGCAUGUCAAACUCAAAUUGCCGGUCUUAUCAGGUUUACGUUAACGGCCAAUGUUUGGAUACUGUAAGCAUUGGAAUGCAGUGUACAGAUAACUCUCAAUGUAUCGCUUCUGCAAGCUGUGUACAGACAAACGGAGGAUCACAGAGAACCUGUCAAUGCAACAGUGGUACCGCGUUUGUCGGUUCAUCGUGUAUGACGUCGUCGUAUAACUGUCCGUAUAACACUGUCUACAUUAGUGACUCAAACUGUAUGCAACUUGUAGCACUAGGUCAAUCUUGCGUUUAUACCUCGCAGUGUAUGGGCUUUAGCGCUUGUACAGGCGGAAGAUGUCAGUGCCCAUAUAGUUAUACAAACACUAAUGGAGUAUGCAGACCACAAAACGCCUUGGUGAUAUCUGACUUCACCAUUCAAAACGGUUGGAAAAAGUUGUUUAAACAUAUUGGUUAA